CAAAAUGAAGGCUUUUAUCUGGACCCUAAGUGUGCUAUUCUUCCUACUAAUGGGCAUUGGACAUUGCAGAGGAGGACAGUUCAAAAUAAAAAAAAUAACCCAGAGGAGAUACCCUCGUGCCACAGAUGGUAAAGAGGAAGCAAAGAAAUGUUCAUACACAUUCCUGGUACCUGAACAAAAAAUAACAGGGCCAAUAUGUGUCAAUACCAAAGGGCAAGAUGCAGGUACCAUUAAAGACAUGAUCACCAGGAUGGACCUUGAAAACCUGAAGGACGUGCUCUCCAGGCAGAAGCGGGAGAUAGAUGUCCUGCAAUUGGUGGUGGAUGUAGAUGGAAACAUUGUCAAUGAGGUAAAGCUGCUGAGAAAAGAAAGCCGUAACAUGAACUCUCGUGUUACUCAACUCUAUAUGCAACUAUUACAUGAGAUUAUCCGUAAGAGGGAUAAUUCACUCGAACUUUCCCAGUUGGAAAAUAAAAUCCUCAAUGUCACCACAGAAAUGUUGAAGAUGGCAACAAGGUACAAGGAACUAGAGCUGAAAUAUGCUUCCUUGACUGAUCUUGUCAAUAACCAGUCUGUGAUGAUCACUUUGUUGGAAGAACAGUGCUUGAGGAUAUUUUCCCGACAAGACCCCCAUGUGUCUCCUCCUCUCGUCCAGGUAGUGCCACAGCACAUUCCUAACAGUUAUCAGUAUACUCCUGGUCUGCUGGGAGGCAAUGAGAUACAGAGGGAUCCAGGUUACCCCAGAGAUUUAAUGCCACCACCUGAUCUGGCAACUUCUCCCACCAAGAGCCCUUUCAAGAUACCACCGGUUACGUUCAUCAAUGAAGGACCAUUCAAAGACUGUCAGCAUGCAAAAGAAGCUGGACAUUCAGUCAGUGGGAUUUAUAUGAUCAAACCUGAAAACAGCAAUGGACCAAUGCAGUUAUGGUGUGAGAACAGUUUGGAUCCUGGGGGUUGGACUGUUAUUCAGAAAAGAACAGAUGGCUCUGUCAAUUUCUUCAGAAAUUGGGAAAAUUAUAAGAAAGGAUUUGGAAACAUAGAUGGAGAAUAUUGGCUUGGAUUGCAAAAUAUCUAUAUGCUUAGCAAUCAAGAUAAUUAUAAGUUGUUGAUUGAAUUAGAAGACUGGAGUGAUAAAAAAGUCUAUGCAGAAUAUAGCAGCUUUCGCCUGGAACCUGAAAGUGAAUUCUAUAGACUGCGCCUGGGAACUUACCAGGGGAAUGCUGGGGAUUCUAUGAUGUGGCAUAAUGGUAAACAGUUCACCACACUGGACAGAGAUAAAGAUAUGUAUGCAGGAAACUGCGCCCACUUUCAUAAAGGAGGAUGGUGGUACAAUGCCUGUGCACACUCUAACCUAAAUGGAGUAUGGUACAGAGGAGGCCAUUACAGAAGCAAGUACCAAGACGGAAUAUUUUGGGCUGAAUACCGAGGUGGCUCAUACUCCUUGAGAGCAGCUCAGAUGAUGAUCAAGCCUAUUGACUGAAGGGAGACAGUCUCCAAUUUAAAUGACAUAGAACUCUAUUUUUCAGUUCCUAAAAAUGUAAAUGUUACAUGUAUAUUAUUUUGCACAAUUCAUUUCUACAGAUACAGUUUUUUAAAUGAAUUUUACUACAACUAUAAAAGGGGAUUUAUGAAUGUAGUCUCAUCUUCCCUUAAUAUACUGCAGAUUAUUUGUAUCUAUAAUCCAAGUUAUUUUAAAAAUAUUAUUGACUAAUUACAGGCAAAGUUUGUUCUCUAAAAUGUAAAUAUUUGCCACAAUGUAAAACAAAUUUUAGCUUUAUUUUAAAUCAAAAUUCAGUCAUGUUCAAGAUCCUUAUCAAUUUAUUUAAAAACUUUAUGAAAAUGCUAUAACUUCCAAUGGAAA